UAUAGCCAUGAAAAAUUGUGAAAAAAUGGUUUUUAUUUUUUUCUAAAUAAACUAUAACUCUGACAACUUUUUGUCUUAAACAAAAGUUCUAGGGAAUGAAUUUAAGAAAUAAUUUAACUAAUUAAGAUAAAAGGAAUAGGCUAAUACAAAAUAUUAUCUACAAAUAUAUACAUAUAAUCUAAUAGCAAAUUUCAAUCAAAUAGGAAAUUUUGAUAGUCACGUGACCCUAAAACUUAAUAUUUUAAAAUUUUGUAAGAAAUCAACAAUUGCAUCCUAAAUAAACUCUAAAUUCCAAAUUUGAACCCAAUCGGAUCAAUAGCAAAAAAGUUAUGGAAGUCACGUGACUGUAAAAUUCAAUAUGUCAAAUUUCUGGCAAAAUUUAUUAAUUGUAUCCUAAAUAAAUACCAAAUACAAAAUUUCAACCCAAUUGGAUCAAUAGCAAAAGAAUUAUGAAAGUCACGUGACUUUAAAAUAUAAUUUGUCUAUUAUCUGUUAAAAUUUAUUAAUUGUAUCCUAAAUAAAGCAUAAAUACCAAAUUUGAACCCAAUCGGACUCAUAGCAAAAAAGUUUCAAUAGUCACGUAACCCGGAUGUCAAAUGUCAAAUAUCUGUCAAAAAUUAAUAAUUGCAUCCUAAAUAAACCCCAAAUACCAAAUUUCAAUCAAAUCGGACAAAUAGGAAGAAAGUUUUGAUAGUCACGUGACCUUAAAACAUAGUCAUGUCAAAUAUCUGUCAAAAUUUAUUAAUCUUAUCCGAAAUAAACUCUAGGUACCAAAUUUCAACCAAAUCGCACAAAAAACAAAAAAGUUAUAAUACUUGGCUAACCUUAAAAAUUAAUAAUUUCGAAAAUUUUUUAUUUAUAUCCCAAAACCAAUGUUUAAGAAUUAUUAACAUUUAUUUUUAAUCAACUCAAUAGUAUAAAACUCACCUAAUAUCUAAAUCCAUCUUUUAAAUUAAAUAGAUCAUUACGACUGACCCGCGUAUAUAUUCGAAUAUUUUUAAUAAAAUAAUAGGACAAAUUUCAUUUUGAUUCACCCCGGUAUAAACACACUGACAUUUCAAAAAAACGGCAUUUUUUCACGUCAAAAUGAUUAUUUGAUUUAAUAGUCUCUUAGAAAUAAUACAAUACAAACAGUAACUAUAGUUGAACGAUACAAACAGCGUUCCUAACAACCAUUGUUUGAAUUUUAUUUUGGCUCAUUUCGUACCAAGCGAUGGAUCUUGACGCCAUGGCCGAAAGCCUACAGGCUAUUAUCGAGUCUGUACCGUCGGAACCUCAACCCAACGCGAGGCAACCCAUCCCAGCCCAGCCCAAUCCAACUGAACCAAAUCCUCCCAACCCAACCCAACCGGCCCAACCCACCGAAUCCUCCCAACCCACCGACUCAUCCUCGCAACGCAGUAUUAAUAAAGAAAAUUAUAAUAAUAGAGGGAGGAAAUGGAGAUCAAGGAAUGGCAGGGUCGAGAGGCGUAGAGAGCGCGUCAAUCUCCACCAACAGAAAACGUUAUUGUCGGCCGUAACGGACGCGGUGGCCGGUGCAAUACUGAAGCAUACGAGUUACAGGGGCCAUUACCGUGGUCGGGGCAGGAGAAACAAUUAAUUUUUUUAAUUUUUUUUGAAUUAUAUUUUUUUAUAAAAAUAAUAAAAACAUUUUAUAUAAG